CCUCCAGUCUUGAGGUAUCAUAGCUACUAGCGUUACUGGUAGUUAGGCAAUAAACAGAUGAACGGCUGUCAACUUAUUUGAUGGUAUUGUUUGUGUAGACGAACUUACUGUGUUACCUAAUGUGACGUUUUUAUAAAUCAUUUUGCAUCUAGUACGUUACGGUUGAAUGUUUUAUUAAUUACCCGUUAGCUACCCACGCAGCUAACGUUUGUCUCAUUCAGUCAUUUUACAAGCUGUUUGCCUAUGCUAGCAAGCUAGCUAACAUCACUCCAACGGCAGGUUAGCUAUAUAGCUAACUAACUGUUAUUCGUGUAUCUAGCAAGCUGCGUUGAAACUCUGGUGUGAUCUGUGAAAUUUCCAUGCCCUGUCAAGUAUGAACGUUCCAAAAAGUGGAUAUCGCGUCUUUUCUGCUAACUCCACGGCGGCAUGCACGGAGUUAGCCAAGAAAAUUACUGAACGACUUGGAGUUGAGUUGGGGAAAUCCGUUGUUUAUCAAGAGUCCAACAGAGAGACACGGGUGGAUGUGAAGGAGUCUGUACGAGGUCAAACCAUCUUUAUCAUCCAGACCAUUCCCAGAGAUGUCAACACAGCCAUUAUGGAGCUCCUGGUCAUGGCGUAUGCCCUCAAGACCUCCUGUGCAAAGAACAUCAUUGGCGUCAUCCCGUACUUCCCCUACAGCAAGCAGUGCAAAAUGAGAAAGAGGGGAUCUAUUGUGUGCAAACUGUUAGCAUCCAUGCUCGCCAAAGCAGGUUUAACUCACAUCAUCACCAUGGACCUCCACCAAAAAGAGAUCCAAGGCUUCUUCGGCUUCCCCGUGGACAACCUGCGCGCCUCACCGUUCCUGCUGCAGUACAUCCAGGAAGAGAUUCCGGACUACAGGAAUGCCAUCAUUGUUGCAAAGUCGCCAUCUGCAGCCAAAAGAGCUCAGUCGUAUGCAGAGAGGCUCCGUCUCGGGCUGGCCGUCAUACACGGAGAGGCCCAGUGUGCCGAGUCGGACAUGGCGGAUGGACGCCACUCGCCGCCCUGUGUGCGCAACACCUCUGGACACCCCGGGCUCGAACUGCCAUUAAUGAUGGCUAAGGAGAAGCCGCCCAUCACUGUGGUGGGGGAUGUGGGAGGACGCAUCGCCAUCAUAGUAGACGACAUCAUCGACGACGUGGAGGACUUUGUGGCGGCCGCAGACAUCCUGAAGGAGCGCGGCGCCUACAAGAUCUACAUCAUGGCCACUCACGGCCUGCUGUCCGCCGACGCGCCGCGGCUCAUCGAGGAGUCCCCCAUCGACGAGGUGGUGGUGACCAACACCGUGCCCCACGAGGUCCAGAAGCUGCAGUGUCCAAAGAUCAAGACCGUGGACGUGAGCAUGAUCCUGGCCGAGGCCAUCCGGCGCAUCCACAACGGCGAGUCCAUGGCCUAUCUGUUCCGCAACGUCACCGUGGACGACUAGGGUCCGCCUGAGGUGAGGGUGCGGUGGGAGGGGUUGUGUGACGGGACUCCCACCAACACCUUCCUCGUUUGACCUCUGACCCCCCCGUGCUCCAUCAGGUGCAGAAGUGCCAAGUGCUCCCCGCAUACCAAACACAUUCAAAGCCACACACUUCUAUGCAUUUACAUGGGGGGGGGGGGGGGGGUGCAGUGCAACCAUCACAGUAACUCAAACUCACAGCAAGGUGUAAAGAUUUCGUUUGAUCAGAUGAGCUGAAUUCAGGUGACCUGAGAGGGUCCCAGAGGAGCUCGAAGGGAGAACAGAAAACAAAAGAUCUAGAACGUCAUAGAAUGUAUUUUAGAAUGUUCUAGAAUGUGUUCCAAGAUGUCUUUUUUUUUUUGAGUGAGUGAAAGCCAUGCAAUAAACCUCAGCUUUAACAGGUCCUCAGUUUUUAAAACAUGCGACUAAAAACAUUUACUAGUAUACAUACUCAACCAGCUCUAACCAGAGGCUUUGAUAACAUGACACGAUAUAAGCUAAGUGAACUCCUUUACGCUCACAGACAGGAAAGCACUUACAGUACUUGUUUCUGCCCAUGCGAUUUAGCACUUUGUUAAUACUUGACCAGCACGUAGAACUGACUCGAACCUGACAUCAGCUGCUGGAGUUCAGGGCAGCACUGUGACUGUGUGACUCAUGAACAAACCCAUAUACAGUGCCUAUAGAAAG